GACAGGGCUAUAAAAUCUUUGCCCACGGUCGUGAACCCCGUCAGUAGGCACAGCGAACGUGUCUAGGGCGGUGUGCCAGAUUUAGGAUCUGAAAAUCGGUCAACCCAGUUCCCGAUUGAAGACAAAAGGUGAAUAACCAGUGGUGGAAUUUAAAUUCAACCGUUUCUAAACCAUCGUAACGCAGUAAAGCAGCGCCACCACCGUCAUCGUCAUGGGUCUUGUCCAGCUUGACAAUCAGACCGCCUACCGACCGGAAGCACUGAUUGGUGCGGACCAGUCGGGCCUACGGUAUCUCGGCUGGAACGUACCACCGGAGGAUCUGGUGCACAUUCCCGAGCACUGGUUUCAAUAUCCCGAACCGGAAGCAUCCCUGCACUACCUGCUUGGACUGCUAUACAUCGCUUUCACUAUCUUCGCACUCAUUGGCAAUGGGUUGGUCAUUUGGAUUUUCAUGGCCGCUAAAUCCUUACGGACACCCUCGAACGUAUUCGUGAUCAAUCUUGCCAUCUGUGAUUUCUUCAUGAUGGCCAAGACACCGAUCUUCAUCUACAACUCCUUCACAAAGGGAUUCACACUAGGGAACUUAGGAUGUCAAAUUUUCGCAUUCAUAGGAUCUCUUUCCGGAAUUGGGGCUGGUGCUACUAAUGCGCUCAUUGCAUACGAUCGCUACAAUACCAUUACCCGUCCUUUUGAGGGAAGACUUACCCAAACGAAAGCACUCAUCUUCAUCGUUCUCAUUUGGGCCUACACCAUUCCGUGGGGAGUACUUCCGUUGUUGGAAAUCUGGGGACGUUUCGUACCCGAGGGAUUCCUCACGUCCUGCAGCUUCGAUUAUCUGUCCAACUCGUUCGACACUCGGCUGUUUGUGGGAACAAUUUUCACCUUCAGUUAUGUACUACCGAUGAGUCUUAUCAUUUACUACUACAGCCAGAUCGUGAGCCAUGUCGUCAACCACGAAAAGUCGCUCCGCGAACAGGCCAAGAAGAUGAACGUGGAAUCGCUGCGAUCGAAUCAAAACAAAAACGAUGCAUCCGUCGAGAUCCGGAUUGCUAAGGCAGCUAUCACCGUUUGCUUCCUGUUCGUUGCCUCGUGGACACCGUACGCUGUGCUGGCACUGAUUGGCGCGUUCGGCGACAAAAGCCUACUGACACCGGGCGUAACAAUGUUUCCGGCAUGCGCUUGCAAGUUUGUAGCCUGUUUAGACCCCUACGUGUACGCUAUUAGCCACCCGAGAUACCGUAUGGAGCUUCAGAAGCGUCUGCCUUGGUUGGCUAUUACCGAAACGUUGCCCGCAGAGGCCGCCUCGACAUGCACGGAGCAACAGGAAACAACCGUUGCAGCACAGUCAUAAGGCCGGGUGCAACCACCAUAACAAGCAUAAAGCGCAUCGCUCUGGGUAGAUACUAGCAGGCACUGUCCAUGAUAAAUACGAUACUAACAUAAGCCACGUCUAAUGGACCCGAGCACGGAAACUUCUGUUUGAAGUGAUUUCUAAUUGUUUAAAAUCAUUAUUUGUCGAAAUCAUACCAAAACUUUCAAUAAAGAAUUUUAAAUGCAAUCUACAAA